ACCACGUGUUACCACGGUUUGGCUCUAUUUGACUUGUACAUUUACUCUAUUGAACUUAUUCAUUGUCUGCUGGAUGAAACAAACAAGUUAAAUUCUGACAUGUUAUUUAUAAAAUGUGGCAAGAAUUUCCUAAAACCGACGAUUACUUCAAUCGUAUUAGGUUUUUUAUUGAAAAAGUUUCGCGCCAAUAGCUGUUAGAAAUACUAACGGUACCAGUUGAACUCCCAAAAUGGAUCCCUCCGGAGCCAUGAAUUAUAACCAGGGUGACGUUACCUUGAGUGCCCCGGGUCUGCAUCAGACGAAGGUGUACCAUAUAUGGGCAAUGGGAGUCGGGGCAGUCAUUGCCGGCGACUUCUUUGGCUGGCAGUCGUCACUUGUCGGUGGAUUUCUGGGUGCGUGUAUCUCUCUGGGACUGGUGACAGUACUGUACCUGCUGCUUAGCCUGUGCAUAGCUGAGCUGGCCUCGUUCAAACCAGACGCAGGGGGUCCAUACACCUAUGUCUCUGCUCUAUUGGGACCCAACUUGGGCUUCCUCAGUGGGCUUUGUGAGGCCCUGAAAGUUAUCACAGUGGGGGGAGUGGGCAUAUACGCCAUUGGAUCGUACAUGGUGCAGAUAACCGACACGGAUCCCUCUUGGCAACCCCUCUGGUGGCUUGCCUUCGUCCUCUUCUUCACACUGGUGAAUGUGGUCGGACUCAAGUUCUCUUUCCACGUGGAACUAGCCAUCACCCUCAUCUCUGUGACUGUGCUCGUGGUGUUCUAUCUAGGAGCCAUUCCCAAAUUCAAUUUCGACAAGUGGGUGCUCGGAAAUUGCGACUCAGACGAUCUUUCAGGCAACUCCUCGGCAUGUCCUCAACGCUGGCUCUAUCCAAACGGACUAGAUGGGCUGUCAGCCGGAGUAUCUUUUGCCCUCUGGUUCUACCUGGGCAUAGAAGAGAUCCCCAUGGUGGUGGGGGAGGGGUCAGAUGACUCAAAGAAGGUGGUCGUGGGCAUACUCUCAGCUAUGGCUACUUUGACAGUGUUGUCUGGGUGUACUUUGCUGUUUAGCUGUGCCAUAGAGCCGGGUGCCUAUGCUAUUUCAACUGACAACUCGCCGCUGCUCACUGGCUACCGCACUAUAGUAAAUCAUGGCAAUUGGUUCGAGUACUUCUCCUGGGUCAUUGUGGUGGGAUUCGUGGCAAGUUGUAUGUCUUUCCUCCUUUGCGCCGGAAGACUUCUUUUCGCCAUGUCCAGGGACGGACUUCUGCCGGCUCCUCUGUCACGUCUGUUGCCCAAAGCAGACACUCCGUAUAUCGCGCUGAUUACGUCAUCGGUGCUGAGUUACGCAAUAACUGCCUUAUUGUAUUGCAUAACAGGUGGAGACGAUCAAGUAGGAUCUGCACUGAUCAAUAUGGCGUUGUUUGGUGCUCUCGUUUCAUAUUUCCUGCAAUGUGCGUCACAUAUCAAGCUCGUGAUGAAAUACCCCAACAGGACAUGCUACAAAUCGCCCUUCGGAAUUCCAGGCACAGUUGUCUGUCUAUUUUUAUGCCUCUUAUCUUAUGCGUGCAUCAUCAAAGAGGGCUUGAAAUCAUUAAUUUUUCUGUAUUCCCUGAUCGGUGCUAUUCUAUGUGUCUUAUUGGGCAUGGCAUAUCACUUUGUUAAACUUAACGUGCAAAAAAGAAGGGUUGAAAAUUAUGAUAGUCUUAACUGA